AUGCCGUUUGCCGCCACCGCCGAGGGCGCCUUCAGAAAGGUGAUGGAUGGAAUUAUCGACCUAACUGGCGAUAGUGAGGAAGAUUCCGAGGCCAAGGGCAAUAACGUGGCGGUCGUGUCUACGUUGACUCACAAUCAACUGGGGUCCUCGUCCGGUCCCCACAAGCGCAAGCUUUCAGGCUCUAAUAUCCCGACCAACUCAAUUGAAACCGAUGUUGGCACUCAUGGCGCGCACGCAUUGACAGUGGUUCGGCCAAAGGUGGAGGCCAGCCGAUCCACUUCGAGAAAGUCAAGUUUCCGGCCGUCUCAGUCAAAAGAGUCGAAUGCACACGCCAAAGCGAGCGCAUCGCCGGCGUCGAGCAGGGCAAGCCUGCAACCGUCCAUGUCAGAGACAAACGGAAAGGUUGAUAGGCCAUCCACACCAAACACGGCAAACAGCGCAAAGCCACUGAUUGUCAUCCCGUCGUCCGCUAAACGGACAAAGGAAAUACUCAAGUUCCCUGUCUCCGGCAAAGAAGAGUAUAAGGGGGUAUCUGAGAAGUACUAUCCAAUUGCUACCAAGCUGAAACAAAAGGCCCUGAAACGGGCCUAUCCCACACGCGAGAAAGUCGAUCGGAGCAUCAUCUCUUUCUACACCUCUUCUGAGUCCGCUCCGUCAAUCUCUCAGCCUGACCCGGUAGCCUUCUUGCGGGCUAACCUCGAGAAAAGGCUGCGGGAUAUCGACGGGCCGCCAGUCACAUUUAGCAUUAAUGAUGAAAGACUUGCGAUGCUUUCUACCACUUUUGGCUUUGUGAAUGACUACAUUCUUCUUGACGGCGUGACGCGUGUCCCGGAAGGCUUCCAUUAUGGAUGCAAUUGCUCCGGCUCUGGCCCUUGUGAUCUUACGACAUGUGACUGUCUCUUUGAAGAGGUUGAAUCCAACCAAAAGAUCUCCACAUACCGCCCCCUGGAGAACGGAACGUUUGUCCUCCACCCCGACUUCUUGAAGCGUCGUUCAAAAAUCGCCGAGUGCUGUUCGCUGUGCAGUUGCAAGGGCCUCGAAGGCGGCUGUUGGAACACAGUCGUCCAGCGCGGUCGUCAGGUCCGAUUCGAGAUCUUUGAUACAGGACCUCGAGGUUGUGGUCUUCGUUCUCCAGACCCCAUCAUCGCCGGUCAGUUCAUCGACCGGUACCUCGGCGAAGUCCUCACGCAAGAGGCCGCUGAUGCCCGCGAACUCGUGAAUCAAAUGGGCCAAUCUUACCUCUUUAUUCUUGACUGGAAGCAGGAAGAGCAAGACGAGGAUGAGGACGAAGACUCAGAGCCUGAUCAAAAGUUCUACGUCGUCGAUGGUCAGAAAUUCGGCUCUCCCACCCGUUUCGUCAAUCACUCUUGCAACCCGAAUUGCAAGAUCAUCCCCGUAUCCACCACUGAGCCUGGCGAUGAUAACCUCUACCAUCUGGCCUUCUUCGCUCUAUGUGAUAUCCCCCCCGGCACCGAGUUGACCUUCGACUACAAUCCCUUCUGGGACGAUGAAGAUAAAGAGAAGAUCGACCCAGAUGCCGUUAAUUGUCUUUGCGGCGAAGACAACUGCCGUGGCCAGCUAUGGCCUAAUGCGCGUAAGCAGGGUCCGGGCAUGAAGGCCAGCCCUAAUGCCAAGGCCACGGCCAAAAAAAGCCUCGGCAAGAAUCGGAGUAGAUAA